CCUCGAGAUGACCUGGUAGCGCCACCCCAUCUGUUCUACUCUUCUGAAAUUCAGAUUGAAACAGAUUGUAGCACUCUCCCGCACGAGUAGCAAUGGCAACUGAUUGGAUGGAACGUCAACAGCAACUUUUGUCAUUUAUUUGAAUGAAGUUUCAAUUAAUGAGAUUUUACGCCGAUACCUUCCAUUUUCAGUGUGAAAAUGUCCCAGGGAUGUACAAUUUCUGUGGAAGAGAUCCAGUCUUGGUGGGAAGUCCCCGCCAUAGCCCACUUCUGUUCGCUGUUCAGGACGGCAUUCAACCUACCAGACUUUGAAAUUGAGGAACUGGAGGGAGCGCUGCUGAAGCAGGACCUAGACUUUCUCUCCGGCCUACUCGUCUCACUGCUGCAAGGCUGCUACCAGCGCACCGACAUCACCCCCCAGACGUUCAGUGGUUACCUGGAAGACAUCAUCAACUACCGCUGGGAGCUGGAGGAGGGGAAGCCCAACCCCUUGCGCCAGGGGCCCUUCGGAGAACUGAGCCCGCGCACGCAGGUGGAGCUUCUGCACAGGCUGUGUGACUACCGCCUGGACGCCGCCGACGUCUUUGACCUUCUCAAGGGCCUGGACGCGGACAGCCUGCGGGUGGAGCCACUGGGGCAGGAUGGGAGCGGCGCCCUCUACUGGUACUUCUACGGUACCCGUAUGUACAGAGAGGAGCCAGUCAACAGGAAAGGAGUGCAACUCUGUGACGCCUCUGAGCUUAAACCACCAGAGAAGAGGAAGCGGGGUAGACCGCCGAAGAAGAAGAAGGUGGAAGAGAUCCAGCUAAUUGAGGUGGAGUAUGAGGUGGACAAUGAGAAUGGACUGGAAGCGCUGCACUCAGGCACAGACCGGGAACGUGGCACCUGGUCCCUGGUGUGUGACACGGAGGAGCAAUGGGCCAGCCUGGCCGAGAGCAUCAAGGACAAAACGUCCCCCCAGGACCGACACCUCUACCGCAUCAUCAGCCAGAACUUCCUCCCUGAGAUCAGUAGCAUGAUCGAGCACAAGGAGAAUGAACAGAAGCAGAGGCUGAUGGACCCGGCCCAAACAGGCAGCUCCUUCCGGCUGUCUGAGAAAUGCGUGAGCCAGGAGGAGGAGGACACUCUGCAGGCCAUAGCCGAAGUGGAGCAUCAGAAACAGAGAGACGAGGACUUGGACAGGCAGGCCCUGCUGGCGGAGCAGAGACGAGAGGAGGAGAUGAUACUGCAGGAGGAGCGCCAGAGAGAGGAGCUAGAGAGGGUCAAAGCUGUGGAGGAGCGAGCGCGGCGGCGGAAGCUGCGCGAGGAAAAGGCCUGGUUGAUAUCCCAGGGGAAGGACCUGCCGCCAGAACUGCAGCACCUGGAGCCCCACUCGCCCAUACGACGCGCCCGUCGCACUAAAGAGUUCUACGAAAUUGAUGACGAUUACACGGCGUUGUACAAAGUUUUGGAGGCCCUAAAAGCCCACAAGGACGCCUGGCCCUUCCUGGAGCCCGUGGACGAGUCCUACGCUCCCAACUAUAAUGAGGUCAUUCAGACACCAAUGGAUCUGUCCACCAUCGAGAAGAAGCUGAACGAAGGGGAGUACAUUGCCAAGGAGGAGUUUGUGUCGGACAUGAAGCUCAUGUUUGAGAACUGCAUGGAGUACAAUGGGGAAGACAGUGAGUACAGCGUCAUGGCUGAGUCCCUGGAGCGCUGCUUCAGCCGGGCGCUACUCAAGCACUUCCCGUCGGAGGACGGCGACACGGACGAGGAGUUCCACGUGAGCAGCGAGGACCGCGAGAGGGACCGCAAGGAGAAAAGGAGGAGCAAAGGCCCCAAACAGGCGGGGCCCGAGAGCUUGAUCCGAGCCACCGAGCAGGCCUCGCGCAAACGGACGCACCCAGGGGGCAAGGGCAGCACUCCCAUGGAGGAGGUCCAGCCCCCCCCUCCACCCCACUGGGCCAACGGACCCACUCACCACCAUGGCAUGCCCCACCCUGGGAACCUUUACCACCCAGCUCAACAGCAGCUCCAGCUCCAUGGUCCUCCCAUGUAUGGCCAGAGCAUGACCAUGGACCCCCGCUACGCCCGCCCCCACCCUGGACAGGGCCACCGGCCCAGGGGCCCUGCAGCUCACCACAGGCCUCAGCAUUACAACAUGCCGCCUCACAUGAGGGAUGGUCACUAUAUGGGUCCCCGGUACCAGAUGGGUCCUGAUGGCCGGCCGCUCGGCCCGCGGCACCACUACAUGGGUCCCACCCACGGCCCCUCGCUGGGCCCCCGCCCUGUGGCCCUGCAGUCUGGGGGCCUCUGCACCCCCACGCCCGAAGGCAACACGUAUCCAUCGCGCCAGUGCAGCGACAGCCACCCCAUGCACCCCAUGGACCCCAUGCACCCCGGGCCGGACAUCCCUCCGCGACACAACUACCCCGCCUUCCACCCGGGCAUGGCCGUUUGGUCGGGGAUGAACCGCCAAGGACAGGAGAGGCCGAGCGGCCUGGGGAUGCCGAACCAGAGCGUGGCUCACCACCAGCAGCAGCAGCACCCCUAUAACCACGGGGCUCCACGUCCCCUGGGCCCCAGCGCUUGGCCCGAGCAGCCCAGUGGCCCUGGAGGGUACCCCCCUCACCCCAAUGGCCACUACAGGAUGCCUAUUAGUGUCAGCAGCUCCCCAGGGCCCUUGGCCCUGCGCCCCCCCGCGCCUCCCCAGGACUCCAGGCAACGUCUGGCCUCCAUGUUGGACAGCCCAGAGAUGAUUGCCCUGCAGCAGCUGUCUGCCUCCUCCACCGGACUCCCUGCUGGCUCCUCCACUGGACUCCCUGCUGGCUCCUCUCGCCAGCACAUGGGCAACUUUCAGCAGCAGCCCCCACAGGGAGUUGGCAGCGCCCCAACUCCAUCUCGCCCCUCACAGCACCCCCCUCCCCCUGAAAUUCAACUGCUGCGUCCUGCCAGAGACAAUGGCCCAGACAGCCAGCCGGCUCGACACACAGACACGCAACCCAAAGGGCCGACGGCAGAUCCCAAAACGGCCAACCACCAGACGGCGGCAGCACAGUUCUCCUCCACCCUCUCUGAACAGCAGCGCCCGUCGUUCUCCGGUCCCACUGAGACUCCCAGCGGCUCCGCUGAGGGCAUGCGGAGCCCCUCGGCUCCUGACUGGGGCCGAUCACAGGAGAGGGGUAGCAGCUCGGGGUUGCAGGCUGUGUCUGAGCCGGGACACUCGCAGAGAUCAGAGACAACCGUCGACCGGGAGGGGGAGAGCCCAGGACAGUCUGUCAGCCACACUCCCCCUCAACAGAACCCCCCUUCCAUUGUUCAUCAUGGCCCGUUGCCCCCUCACCUCCACAGUGCACCUCACUCCCAGAAUGCUCCAAAGCAUAUUACCCAGAAACCCUUGCAGCAAAUCCCUGAGAAUUCCCGUCCGCAACAUAACGUCCCUCAGCGCGCCGGUCAGAAUGCCCCACAGCAAGGCUUCCCGAACCCCCAGAAACCAAGCUCUGGAAACAAAUCGUCUCACGUUGCCCCGAAUCCGGCUCAACGUGGUCCCAAGCCCAGCCCCAUGCAUGGGAUGCCCCAGCCCGCCCCUCUCACCUCCCUGCCCCCCAGCCACCCAGCCCCCCAGCUCCCUCCCCAGCCCAGCCCAGCCGAGCAGGGAGACCGAAGGCCCAGCGAGCCCACUAACAGGGUAGACUCGGGAGGCACCUCUGGUGACCCUAGUCUGAGUAAGCCUGGACCUCCGACCGGCGUUUAUAAACAGCAGUCAUUCAGUCCCAAAGCACAGCAGACACAGCUGGGUAACCCGAGUAGGCCGGGUCCGAGGGGACCAGCACCGGGUCACAGCCCAGCCGUGCCUCCCCACUCCCGGGGCCCAGAGAACGGAGCCAUGGGUCAGUAUGGCAUGGGCAGUCCGCCCCAUCCACACUACGCCCAACCCAUGGGCAGACCCAUGCCUCCGUCCGGUCGCCAGCUCUACUCAAACCAAGCCAUCCCCCAGACCGUGAACCCCCACCCUAACAGCUACCCCACCUACCACCAGCAGGGAGCUGCCCGUCCGUAUCACAUGGGCCAGCAACAGCCGGCUCCCCAGGGUCACCCUAACAUGUACCCCCAGUACCAGCAGCAGCCCUUCUACCCCCAGGGCAACAGCCAGGGCGGGUACCCCUCGGAGGAGUGGCACAGGCAGUUCCACCCUCGCCACCCAAUGCCCUCCAGCACCUACCUGCCUGCCGCCAGCGUGAACAUCAGUGGGCACCUGAAGGACAGCCGUGGCAUGGGCUCCCCCCUGGGUUCUGACGGCUCCGGGGGCGGCCUGAUGUCCGCCAGCCCCCAGCCCGAGGCCCCCCGCGGAGGCUCCGUGGAGAGGGAGAGCAGGGAGGCGGGCAGCCCGGUGGGACCUCAGCCUGCUCAGGUGGAGGAGAGCUCGGAACGGCCAGAGAGCCCCAAGGAGAUCCUGGACCUGGACAGCCACAACGCUGCCGCCCGCCGUCGGAACGCCCAGGGCCCGCCUCCCGUGACCAACUUCCUGUACGACCCCCGAGCCGUGCAUCCUGGGAUGCAGCAGGGCGGGGCCCCGCCGCCUCACAUGAUUUCUCGUGCGCCGUACCCCGGCUACCCUGGUGCACACUACGCCCCCCAGAGACCCCACCCACACCUCAUGGAGGCCCUUCAGAGGCCCCAGCACCUGCCAUUUCCCCCGGGGCCCACCCGCAUGCCCAUGUACAGGCACCCCCAGGCUGGAGGCCAGUUCCAGGGCAUGCUGGUUCAGCAGAGAGACUUGGCGCCUGAACACUUCCUUCACCCAGGGCAGCAGAUGAUGUCUCCCAGUGGUCCCAGCAGUAAACAGGAAGUUUGAGGAGCCCUGGGUAAAGGAUAAAAGCAACAAAACCUGUUCAGAAAGCAGUGCCUGCAUAUCAUCAACCUACCUGUUCACUUGCCUGUGCAUCUUCUGUCAUAAGCCUUUAUUAACUGUGACUGUGCUGUCGGAGCCAUGGUGUUUUCUGCCAUGGAACGGAUGUCUUUAGGGUCUGUCUCUGUUGCAGGGCUCCAGUAAGUAUGGACCCACUGCACUGGCCCGAAGGUUGUGUGGCGGCUGCAGACAAGGGAGAUUUAUUUAUUUGAGAAUCUUUUUAGGGAAUGAGUUCUUCGCCCAUCUGGGAUGUCUGCUUUGUCGAGCCCAAACGGAAACCUGCCUCUGUUGAUCUCCGAGCCGGUGGACCCGGUUCAGACUGUGUACAGCUGUUUCCUCUCUUGCGCCCUGGCCUGCAAGAACAUCUGGAGGUCCUUCUCAUGUCCUGACAGUGCUAGUCGUCAGUGGGUUUCUACAGGAAGAGCCUCCCCUGACCCGCUUGGUGGACCUCAAGGCUCAGUGGACCUCAUGGCUCGGUGGACCCCUGACCCUCUGCUGAAGGGAAUAAAAUGAGCUGGUGAUAUGAGAGCACUGGUGUUUUUAUUUUUUUUUAUUUAAUUUUUUUCUCCAAAUGUUUUUAAACUCAGGUGUAGAUAAAAAAAAUAAAAAUAAAAAAUACAUAAAAUAAUAAUAGGUACUUUAAGACUAGAGACGCUGUCAUCAGAAUCCUGUUGACAGACACAAGCCUUGUAGUAGCCUUGGUUUCCUUCGUGUUGAAUGUAUGUGUGAAUGCGUUAGAUAUUUGGACAGCACCAGAGCCUACCAUGUGAAGGGAGGGAGGAACAAUAAAACACAGCUUUUUGCUUUAGUUCUGGUGUAAUUUUAUGCAUCCUUCAAAGCUGCCUUCUUAUCUAUAAGAAUGUCUUUGAUUUUCCAGACCUGCAGAGAGUGUUCUCUGCUAUGCACUAGGGUUAGUCUACACAUACUGGAAUUUAGUGGCCUUGUGAUCUUAUGUUGGUGCUUGUUGCUGUGUGUGUGUAUAUAUGAAAAUACAUGAAGUGUAACUCCACUGUAGUUCACCUCUCUCAGAUACUGGAGAGUGCUGUUGGUUGGUUCUCCACACUCCUGUGUGUCCAGCUGGUUAGUUUCUGCACAAACACAGUGAACGUGAGUUAAAAUCAGCCAGGUGAUGUCUUGCGGUCUAGUGUCAUGAUGUCAUCCUUACAUCCCUGUUGUCGUUAUGCUGUGUCACUGACAUGUAUUGCAUUCCAUACAUUUUGGUGGAAAAUGUCCCCUUAAAUGCUAGGCCCUCUGUCGCGCCUCGUGAUGAGUUUUAUUAUUCUGUUUGUUUCCAUAAUCACCCCCCUGCUUGAUUCAGUGCUUCCUCCUCCCCAAUUCAAUGAACUUAAUAUGUCCUCAGGGUGUACAGUUUUAUACGGGUAUUUUAAUGAAUUAUUUGGAGGAGGAGCAACACAAAAAAACAUGACUGGAAUUGUGAUAAAUUAAUCAAUGUCAUGUGAAAAAAACCUUUAAACCAAUAUGUUUUGUUAUUUUCAGACCUCAUUGUGAAAACGGUGAGCUUGCUCACUGCCAUCCUUUUGUUUUAGUUUUGUCUCUUUCCUGAAGUGUAACCGAGUUAUUCAACAUUCCUGUUGGUUUUUCUUUAAGUAUUGUAACUUGUCAUUGCCACCAUGCUUUGGUGAGUGUCUUCUGAAUAAUAGAUCUGUGCGGUCUUGUUCAUCUUAUCAUAUCUUCCUAAGUUGCCCCUGUGAGCCCCACAAGUAGAGCGAUGGCGACGCAUGAAUCUACCUCAUUGCCAGUCCACUGGCCCCCACUAAGUCCAUUCACUUGACUCCAGCACACACGUGACUUUCCAUACACUACCACUGUUACAAACUGUCCAUGGGACCUUGUGAUUGUCAGGUUACUGGUGUUUCAUGGGGGUGUGAUGAACUGCCGUAUGCUGGAGGUCGUCAGAAACCUCCUGAUUAUUAUUUUUUUAGGCCUUGCCGCAGCUGUAUAGAUGGCGUGUUUUCCUUUCGCACGGUGAGGGAACCUGAAACCUGUGGUUCUGUGUGGUCUGUGGUCCGCAGCGUCGAGUGCCCCCCCCCCUCCCUUCGAGUGGUCUGUGGUCCCCCCCUGUGCUCAAGGAGGAGUGACAAUAGGAAACUGCUAGACGCUGUGAGACAUUGUCUGAUUGUCUCGUUUCCAACUAGUGGUUUUUUUUCUUACUGUUAUUUUGUAUUCUUUUUGUGGACCCCAGGAAUGGCUGCUUUGGCAAAUGGAGCUCAAAAAUCAACUUCUACAAGAUUGGAUUUGCCCCACAGUACUGAACAAGGGUGUAUUGCUGUUAUGGGAGCUUUGUUUUUAAAUGCUAGAUGAGGCUUUCUCCGAAGUAGUGUUCAUUUGCGCAGCACGACAUAUGAAGGACAGUGCAGUUGUACAUGGCCUGUGGGUGUGGUACUGUUCUGCCGCUUGGCUCGGUCUCCCAUGUAUAGACUGCACAUGGAAGUCUGUAUCCCACUCACCUCACACUUCUCUGCUGGCUUCAGUUUUUCUGCACUAGUAAACAUAUAGAUUUGAUAAAAUGUGAAUCAUAUUUAUUUGCUCUUUAAAAUGUGUACAUUUAUUUUGACCUGUUUUUUUUUUUUUUUUAUAUAUAUAUAAAUGUGAUGUCUGGUUGUUUUUGUUUCAAGCAGUUGACAUUUACCUCAGUAGCAUGGCGGCAUUGAAAAGAAACCCUGUAUGUAAAAAUGGAUGUGAUGUUUACAAGUUCUUAUCUGACUGACAUAGAUUAUUUUGGAAAUGGACUGAAGUAUUUCUAUACUGUACAUUUCUUAGAAUAAAUAACUUUU